GGAAAAUAAUGGGAAGCGAACGGAGCUCGAUGGAGAAGAAAAGAAGCAGAGGAGCAAGGAGCGAAGAUCCUUCCUCUUCCGAGGGCGAAGAAAGAGGUAAGAGGCAUAGAGGAAGUGAGAAAGAUGAUGAGAGGAGAAGUAGUAGGAGAAGUGAUAAGAAGAAGGAAAAGAAAUCUCAUAAGCACCACCGAUCAAGUACAUCAAAGAAGUCGAAGGAUGAUAAGCACAAAAAGAAAGGCGCAGAAGGUGACCACAAGCUAAAAGAGGGGAUUCCAGAGCUAUCAAGUGAGGACUACUUCUCUAAGAACAACGAGUUUGCGACUUGGCUGAAAGAGAAGAAGCGCACUUACUUUAAUGAUCUCACGACCGAGUCUGCAAGGGAGUUGUUUUCUCGCUUUGUCAAGGCAUGGAACAGAGGCAAACUUGAGUCCAGAUACUACGAGGGAAUCGCUACUGCCCCACGAACAGCUCACAACUGGAAGAUCAAGCAGAAGUGAAUAAAAGAGAAGAACCAAAACCUUCCUCUGCUUUUGUUCACAGCUAGUUAGUUACCUCUUUUCUUGCUUCUUGUACACUUUGAGGUUGAUGAUACAAUCAAAGCAAUACAGUUUAAAGUUUGUUCUACUUAGAGCUCUUGUUGCGGAACUUGUUAGAUAUAUCAUGAUUGAGAGAGGUGUUUGUAGUUGGUUUUACACAAAUGGCUACACCUAAGUUUGGUGCGUUGGAUUUAAUAUUGGUUUUGAGAUAUGACACUUUUUG